AUGGAUUCAAAUCAAAGAAAUUUAAAUUCGAUUGAAAAAAAUGUUGAAUUGAUGGAAGAAGUAAGCUAUAAUUUAGUUGAAAAAGAAAAGGGAUCAGAAAGUGAGUAUGAUGAAGAUGAUGAUUCUAGAAUGUUUGUGUUAGAUGAACCAGCUCUAGAGACUGCAAAAAAUCUAUUUGAUUCUCAGAGGUCUCAAGAUGUACAAGAUGAAGAAAGUAGUGAUGAGGAAAGUGAUGAGGAAA